AUGUCAACUUGUCCGUACCGUGCAGGAUCUGAAGUGCUCACCAUGAGGUCUUUAGCUAUCGGCUUUGCGGUAUUGAUUACAAUAGUUCACAUUAAAAUGGAGGAUGUUAACGUUCUAGAAAACACAGACGUUCUGGAGGACAUCCUUGUAUACCCUAUACCAGCACCAGUAACAAAGGUUAAAAAACGAGAAGCAUUGAAUUCAGAAAAUUUUAACGAUUUUUUAGUGGAGAAGUUAACAGCACAUACGCAAGCUCUUGAGCACUUAGUAAAAAAAGUGGAUCGUCAGGAAGAGAUCACUAGACAACUCAUUGAACAUCUAAGUAAAUCCCUUGAAAAACCAAAGCUACCAACUAAAGUCGAAACUAUAAAAACAAGAGAGCAUGUACAAAGACGUAGUAACUCGUUUCAUAAGGAAACAGAAAAUUCUAUAUUAAGAUUAGGAAAGAAUAUUCCCAUGUUUGGGAGAUUAGCAAAAGACUUAUUUAUGGAAGAAAUUAAGAGUGAUACGGAUGCUACGCCCAUUUUACAGAGUAAUCCAGAUGAGCUUACUGUUGAGUAUAAUCGACGGUCGUUUGGUGGUAGUCCUGGUAUCGAUCCAGGACAAGCUAAUAAGAAUGAACUAAGUCCUUGGUGUGAGGAAGCUAUGCUUUGCAAAAAGACUGAACAGUCUAUAUGUGGAUUCGACGAUAAUUAUGGAUAUGGAAAGUUUGAUGAUAUUUGUCACAUGCUACAUGUCAAUUGUUACUAUAAAUACAAUUUUGCUCUUGUACAUACUUGCCGCCCGACGUUAUAA